AUGUCGCCCAUGUCCCCAGAUAUGCUAGCACAUCACCGCAACCAAAACUCAUUACCGCAUUUUUCAUCUUCUGGAACUUCUACCCGGCCGAUGCAAACAAACACUGAGCAACCCAAAGAAACGACCGCACCCCCAAGUCCAACCCACUCCCGCACAUCACAUACCACGGAUCUAAAUCACUUCCCCAUACCCCAAAUCCAAGGUGUAGUCCCUGGCUUCCGCCACACUCACACCUCACAUUCACUCCCCUUCUCCACCCCCACAACCCGCGAUAUCCUCCAAACACUCAACACAACAAGCUCACCACCCACACCAGAUCCAACAACACAAUCAUCCUACCCCCGCCCUUCCCCUCCAAACUUCCUCUACCCCUUCGCCAUUGUCCCAUACAAAACCCUCCCUUCCACCUCUUGCACUCGCUGCCCAGAAAACGCCAUGGCAGACUCACCGGACAUGUCCCUCGCAACCACACUGCCCUUGGGUCUCAAACUGCUCUUUUUGGGUACGCUGUGCGCCGCGGCGCUGGGACUCGCAUGGACAGUGGUAGUAUGCUGUAUUGUGCAGCACAGCGAAGCGGCGCCUAGUGACGAAGAAGCAUGGCAGAGCGAAGCGAAGCGUAGCGACAGCAUUCAAACGCAACAUGGCAGCAAAGAAGAGAGCAAAGAUACAAGAGACGUCGCAAACCCUUUUGCCGACCCCACAAACACGCAUCAAACUACAGACAAGAGUGCAGCGCUGAGUUCGGGUAUCGACGUACCUCCUACACCGCGGUAUCGCAGGCGGAACAACGCAGUACCGGGGUCGCCGCAGAAUCCUUUUUUGGAUCCACCCAGUGAGGGGGAGGGUGUGCGUGUGGAGAGGACGGAGGGGGAGUGGACGAGGGCCCGAGCGAUGUUUUUUGCGGAGAUGGAGGCUGUGGAGAGUGAGAUGAGGGAGUUGUCUCGUGGGCGGGUGGUUGAUGGGGAGGUACCGGCGCGGGAGAAGAGGAACGGACGGAGUGGUGUUAUGAAGGUUGUGGAAAGGGGGGUUGAGAUGGUGGAUGGGGGUGUGGAUGAUGUGGUUGUUGCAAUGGCGAGGUGGACGGAUGAUAAGUGA